GUGGGGCUGGGUCUGAUUGCUGCUCUGAGCAGGAAAAAGCCUCAGUCUGUCUUCAUGGUGCAGCGAUAACCCGGACACUUUUUUUUUUUUCUCCCUUCCUCUUCCCUUUACUUUUCACACAAGAACAGCUCAUGUCUUUGAUAUAGGCAUGAUGAGCUUUGUGCCUUCUAGGACUGUCCUGUUUCUGGCUUUAUCUGUGGCUUUUGUACAACUUGUGAAAUGCCAGGAUGACGAUGGUGAGGAUGAGCUGAGCUGCAUAGAAAAUGGGCAGGUGUACACAAACCGAGACAUCUGGAAACCCGAGCCGUGCAGAAUCUGUGUUUGUGACAGCGGGACCAUCUUGUGCGAUGAGGUGCAAUGUGAUGAAGUGUCUAACUGUGAAAAGGUAGUCAUCCCAGAUGGAGAGUGCUGUCCUGUUUGCCAGACUGACACAACAGAUGUUGGUGGCAAUGGCAGACCAGGGGGCAGAAUUGCCAAGGGUCAGAAAGGAGAACCUGGUGAAGUCCCAAAUGUCGUUGGAAUAAGAGGUCGUCCUGGACCAAUGGGACCUCCAGGAGCGCCAGGGUUUCGAGGGGAUAGUGGACCUAAAGGUCGACCUGGUCUGAGAGGUCCUCCAGGAUAUGAUGGCGAGCCUGGUAUUCCUGGACAGCCGGGAGAGCCAGGGCCCCCUGGACAUUCCCCAGGAGGUCAGCUGUCUUCACAUAUGGCUGGGGGAUUUGAUGACAAAUCAGGAGCUCAGCAUGCUAUGAUGCCUGGAGUUCGGGGCGAGGCAGGAGCAAGGGGGCCACCUGGGCCUAAUGGAGCACCAGGGGUGCCAGGACCACAAGGACCUCCUGGUGACGUUGGAGAUCCUGGGCCAAUGGGUGGCUCUGGCCCAAGGGGACCAGAGGGUCCUCCAGGAAAGCCUGGUGAAGAUGGAGAAGCAGGGACUGCAGGAAGUGCAGGAGAAAUGGGAUUUCCUGGAUCACAGGGAGCAAGAGGGUUUCCAGGGACGCCGGGCCCCCCAGGCUUAAAGGGCCACAGAGGACAUCAAGGUCCAGCUGGUCUUAAAGGAGAGCAUGGAGCUGUGGGAUCAAAGGGUGAAUCUGGUGGAUCUGGUGCAAUGGGUGCCCCUGGCCCUAUGGGUCCAAGGGGAAUGCCAGGAGAAAGGGGACGCCCAGGUCCGAGUGGGACACCGGGUACACGUGGUGCUCAAGGAAAUGUUGGUAAACCAGGUCCAAUGGGUCCUUUGGGAAUCAGUGGUCCCCCAGGGUAUCCUGGAACUCCAGGUAUGAAGGGUCAACCAGGACCCACAGGUGUGAGGGGUCCAGAGGGACAACAGGGACAAAGAGGAGAGACUGGACAUCAAGGCAUACCUGGACCAACUGGCAAUACAGGGACUAUGGGAACUGAUGGUGGUCCUGGUUCCAAAGGCUCAGUGGGAAAUGCAGGUCCUCAGGGCCCUAUAGGUCUGCUUGGCCCACCUGGCCCACCAGGACCUCAGGGAAGCACUGGACAACCUGGGAUCAAAGGUCAAGGGGGAGAUGUAGGUGUUCCUGGAUUUAAAGGAGAGGCUGGACCUAAAGGAGAACCUGGCCCACCAGGAUCACAGGGAGUAAUUGGACCUCAGGGAGAGGAGGGAAAACGUGGACCCAGAGGAGACCCCGGCUCUGUUGGCCCACCUGGACCUGUUGGUGAGAGAGGGGCUCCUGGAAACCGUGGCUUCCCAGGUCAAGAUGGCUUACAGGGUCCAAAGGGUGCACAAGGUGACCGUGGAAUCACAGGUACUCUUGGCCCGAAAGGCUCUACUGGAGAUCCAGGGAGAACAGGUGAACCAGGUCUACCAGGCGCAAGGGGUUUGACAGGUACACCUGGAGUUCAGGGUGCUGAAGGAAAGCCAGGACCACUGGGUGCUCCAGGUGAGGAUGGGCGCCCAGGGCCUGCGGGUUCAACUGGAACAAGAGGUCCAGCAGGACCAAUGGGUUUAAUAGGUCCAAAGGGUUUUAAUGGAGACCCAGGAAAGGCAGGUGAGCAGGGAUCUGCAGGAGUUCCUGGGCAGAGGGGCCCAUCUGGGAAAGAUGGAGAAGUAGGCCCAGCUGGUCCACCAGGUCCACCUGGUUCAGCGGGUGAGAGAGGUGAACAGGGUCCUCCUGGAAUGCACGGUUUCCAGGGAUUGCCAGGACCAGCAGGUGCUCCUGGAGAGGGAGGGAAAGCUGGUGAUCAGGGUAUACCUGGUGAGGGUGGCCCAGUAGGCCAAAUUGGACCACGGGGUGAACGUGGAAUUCCGGGAGAGAGAGGAGAGCUUGGCCCUCCUGGUCUGCCUGGAGCUAAAGGUAUUCCUGGAGCACCUGGUUCUGAUGGCCCAAAGGGCAGCCCUGGGCCUCCGGGUACAUUGGGUGAUCCAGGCCCUCCUGGUCUGCAGGGAAUGCCAGGUGAAAGAGGGAUCUCUGGUCCACCUGGUCCAAAAGGAGAGAGAGGAGCUCUUGGUGAGAAAGGAUCAGAAGGCACUCCAGGAAGUGAUGGUGCAAGGGGUUUAACAGGCCCUGUUGGCCCUACUGGACCCCAUGGCCCAAGUGGUGAAAAGGGAGAACCAGGCCCUAAGGGACCACCUGGACCUCAAGGAUCAAGAGCGAUGCCAGGAGCCCGUGGUGAACCUGGGCCAACUGGUGCUGUAGGCUUUGCUGGACCACCUGGUCCUGAUGGUCAGCCUGGCGUGAAAGGACCACCGGGGGAGCCUGGACAAAAGGGUGAUGCUGGAUCUCCUGGUCCUCAAGGGCUGGCUGGUCCUCCAGGGUCACAGGGUAAAACUGGUGUGGCUGGACCAAAGGGAGGGAGAGGAACACAGGGGGCCCCUGGCCCAACAGGUUUCCCUGGAUCUGCUGGAAGAGUUGGCCCACCUGGUCCAACUGGUCCUCUUGGUGAGCCUGGUCCACUUGGUCUUCCAGGAAAAGAAGGUCCACCUGGUCUUCGAGGAGACCAUGGACCUCCUGGACGUCAGGGAGAGAGAGGUCCACCUGGCCCUGCUGGAAGCCCAGGAGACAAAGGAGAUUCUGGAGAAGAUGGACCACCGGGGCCUGAUGGUCCACCAGGUCCUGCUGGAACAACAGGGCAGAGAGGAAUUGUAGGCCUUCCAGGUCAAAGAGGAGAACGUGGAAUGCCAGGACUCCCCGGACCAGCUGGUCCUCCGGGAAAACAAGGCACACCAGGGUCUUCAGGAGACAAAGGACCUCCUGGCCCAGUUGGGGUGCCUGGUGCUAACGGACCUCGGGGUGAUCCUGGACCUGAUGGACCCGCUGGAUCUGAUGGCCCACCAGGAAAGGAAGGUGUCAUAGGAGUCCGGGGUGAUCGAGGAGAUCCAGGACCAGAGGGUUUGCUUGGACCUACAGGAGCACCAGGUCCCCUUGGUCCUGUUGGUGCAACUGGUGGGGUUGGAAGGAGAGGAGAGCCUGGUUCAAAUGGGCCUGCUGGCCCUCCAGGUCCUGCUGGAAAACGAGGACUCACAGGACCGCAAGGACCAAGAGGGGAUAAAGGAGAUGUGGGUGACCAUGGAGAGAGAGGGCAGAAAGGUCAUCGGGGAUUUGCAGGCUUACAAGGUCUUCCUGGACCACCUGGCACAACUGGUGAACAGGGAGCCCCAGGCAUUGUCGGUCCAAGUGGGCAAAGGGGACCUCCUGGGCCCAUUGGGCCACCAGGAAAAGAAGGGUACAUUGGACAGCCUGGACCUAUGGGCCCUCCUGGUUCAAGAGGAGUCAGUGGUGACAUUGGGCCAGAGGGACCUCCUGGAGAGCCUGGUCCUCCUGGCCCUCCUGGAUCUCCUGGUCCACCCACUGCGGCUUUGGAAGAUCUCUUUGGUGGGCCUCAAGACUAUGAUGCUGGUCCUCCUCCCCCAGAGUUCAGUGAGGAUGAGGCUCUUCCCAAUAGUAACUCAACAGGCCUGUUCCAGGCUGACCCUGGAGUUCAGGCUACUUUGAAGGCUCUGAGCAGCCAGAUCGAUAGCAUGCGUAGCCCCGAUGGUAGUAGGAAGCAUCCUGCUAGAACUUGUGAGGACUUGAGACAAUGUUACCCUCAAAAAAAGAGUGGCGAAUACUGGGUGGAUCCAAACCAGGGCAGUGCAGAGGAUGCCAUUAAAGUACAUUGUAAUUUGGAUACAGGAGAAACAUGUAUCUCUGCAAUCACUCCCAGCAUCCCCCGAAAGGCAUGGUGGAGUUCCCCAGGAAAUAAACCUGUGUGGUUUGGAGCCAACAUGAAUGGUGGAGCCUAUUUCACUUACGGAAAUAAAGACCAGCCAGCCAACACUGUCACGGUUCAGAUGACUUUCAUCCGUCUGCUCUCCAAAGAGGCCUCACAAACGAUCACUUACCACUGCAAAAACACUGUGGGCUACAAGGACGAAUCAACUGGAAACCUCAAGAAAGCAGUCAUCCUCAAAGCUUCAAAUGAUGUCGAGCUCAAAGCUGAGGGGAACAACCGCUUCAGAUACACGGUCCUUGAGGACAGCUGCUCGCAAGCAGAUGGUAAGUGGGGCAAGACAGUAUUUGAAUAUAGGACCCAGAAAACAGCAAGGCUACCUAUUGUGGAUAUUGCACCUGUGGACAUUGGAGGCUCAGAUCAGGAGUUUGGCACUGAUAUUGGGCCUGUGUGCUUCUUGUAAAAUCAAUGCAUUGAAGAGAAUCAUCAGACUUUUAAAGUGACUGCUGACAAGAUCAGCCUUGUACAUACAGAGCUUUGGACUAUUCUGGCCCUGUAGGAAGAUAUUUAUUGUGCCUUCUAAGAGUUUCAGAAAACAACUGGUCCAAAGUAUUUUUUUAUUUUUUUAACCAAUUGAUCUAUUGAAAUAAGAAAUUCAAUUUAACUGAAUUUUUAUACAGAACUAUCCAUCAACUGCUGUUUUAAAUGAUAAUGGCCAUUGCUUCAAAGUAACACAGUAACCAAUACUGUACCAACUGUACCAACACUGGUUACUAUAAAAAUUUGGAUUUGCCUGUUUUUGUUACAGUAUGUUAUUAUUCUUUUUUUCCCUUUAAAACAAAAAUGGUGCUAUAGAAGAAGUUUACAUUCUGAUGAGUUUGUCUUGUUUCUCUUGAAAAACACCACUCCUAAAACUAAUAUCUCUACUCUGAUACAUUCACUUUGUAAUUACUCCUCAACCUAAUUGACAAUUAAAGAUGCAAUCAUUGAUUCAUUAGUGCAAGCUACCUCGUUUCUAUAAACUGGCAAAUACUGACAACAGACUUGCUGUACAUAAAUACUAAUAAGUUGUGUGAAUUGUAUUUCUCCCAUCAGAAGGUACAAAUAAGGAUAAGGAAAUGCAAAUAAAAUUAACAAUAUUUCAUAAUACAAUUAAUAAAAGGUGCAUUUUUGUUUCUUUUUCUUCAAUGUUUUCCACAAUUACAUUGCAGUAGAUCAAAGAGUAAUAACCCUUCCAUGAUAUAUAUUAGUUUCAUAUUUUAAAGUCUUUUGUAAAGGUAUAAGGCACAAUGUAGUGAAAUGGAGGUGCAGGAAACAGUAUUGACACUCUUUAGGGUGUCAUAUUUUCUAAAGCAUGCAGGUACCUAUAUAGAUACCUAUAAUUCUUGCACUUGUCUUUCUUUCUUUCUUUCUUUCUUUUAUCUGAUUAGCAUUUUAUAACUCUUUUAAGCCAUUUGGUAUGGCUUUAAAGCUAAUCUCAUGUAUUUGCUUUGCAAAUUAAAAAUGCAUAUUACAGUUUCCCAUUUUAUUGAAUCAACAGAAAAUAUAUUCCUUUCGCUUUCUUUUCUUUAUUGACUUAUGCAGAUGCAUAUGUUUCUUUUCUUGCCUUUUAAGCAUGAAAAUAUAUAUUUUACAUAAUAAAAGGAUAAUGAAUGCACCAUUGAUAGAUUUGCUGCUUUGGACAUAUUUUUAAAACAUUUGUACGAUAUUGCUUGGCCUUUAGGUUUUCUAUGUGUUUUAGACUUAAGUUCUUGUCAACAAAUGCUGGGUUACUAAGAGUGAUUUAUUUAUGAAUUGUCAGGAUUUGUUAAUGUUUUUAGUUGCUAUGUUUUGCUUUGAGUAAAUAAUGAGACAUGGCAGGAAUAGUACUUGUUCAAAACACAUUUUUGUGCUUUUUUUAAUGUAAUAUUUCAUAAUGAAUAAUAGCAUUAUUUAGAAAAAAAAAAAAAAAAAAAAAUCUAAAAA